AUGGCGGAGGAGAGAAUCUCAGGUGUGGUGCAAUGGUUCAACAGUGGAAAAGGCUUUGGUUUCAUCAAACCUGAUGACGGCAGCGAGGAUCUCUUCGUUCAUCAAUCAUCCAUCAGAUCUGAUGGAUUCCGCACCCUCGCAGAAGGCGAUCGUGUCGAAUUCACUAUCGCUACUGGCGAUAAUGACAAAACCAAGGCUGUUGAUGUCACCGGUCCGAACGGCGCUCCUCUGCAGUCCAGGCAGGAUUCGUACGGCGGUGGAGGCGGUCGUGGAUUUGGUGGAUUUAGGGGUUCUGAGAGACGUAACGGUGGAGGCGGUGCUGGAUGUUACAACUGCGGUGACACUGGUCACAUCGCGAGAGAGUGUAACAGGAGCAAUAAUUCUGGUGGUGGAGGCGCUGGCUGUUACAACUGCGGUGAUACUGGCCACAUCGCUAGGGAUUGCAACCGGAACAAUAAUUCCGGCGGAGGAGGUGCUUGUUAUACUUGCGGCUCUUUUGGUCAUAUUGCUAGGGAUUGCACUCGAGGAGGCAAUAUCGGAGGCGGAUUUGACCGUGGCAGUGGUGGCGCCACUUCUUGCUACAGAUGUGGUGGAAUUGGCCACAUUGCGAGAGACUGUGCGACUCCCAGCGACAGGAGCGGCGGAGGUGGUGGUUGCUAUAAGUGCGGUGAGGUUGGUCACAUCGCCAGGGAUUGCAACAUUGAAGGUGGGAGGUUCGACGGCGGCAACGGCGGCGGGAGAUUUGCUGGUGGCAACAAUGGAAGAUUUGGUGCUGGCAAUGGAGGAAACAACACUUGCUUCAAUUGUGGGAAGCCGGGUCAUUUUGCAAGGGAGUGCGUUGAGGCUUCUGUUUGA